GUAAUGCGUGGUAUAAUAUCUGGCUCGAAAUAUUGGGCAUUGUGCAACUUUCUCCUAGACAAGGGCAAGAAAAAGAGAAGAAAUGUAAAACGAUCAGAAUUCGUUGAUUAUAAAGGAGUAAAUAUGUCCGUUCAGAAUCAGUUCAGCUGUGAGUGUUGUGCACACUGGGUAUAAUCAAUAUGAUUGGAUCGAUGACAAGAAACGGACUUGGAGUCCUUGCACUCCUUUCAUGCUGUUUGUGUCAACAUUACGGAGGUCAACCUCAAUAUACCCAACCACAGCAACAAUACAAUCCUCAAUACAGCCAUAACACCCCCCCACCACCCCAGAUUCUAAGCCACAAGCAAGCCCUCAACCAUGAUGGUAACUUCAAAUACCUCUUCACCUCUGACAACGGAUUGGCCCAAGGAGAAACUAUUAGCCCUGAUGGUUCAAGGAGCGGUGGAUACGCCUACACCGAUCCUACUGGCAGAAAAAUCUCCGUGAAAUACACCGCUGGUAAAGAAGGAUUCAGGAUCUUGGAAGCUGAUCACUUACCAAAAGCUCCACAGCCUGUUGCCCCAGUACCAGCAGCGCAAAGUUAUCCAUCCCAACAAUACAACGGAGUUCAAGAUGAUGGUCAGUACAGGCCAGAAUUAUAUGAAAAGCCUAACUACGCCUACUCCGCUCCUGCUCCUUACCAGCAAAGAGCCUACUCCGCCCCUGUUCCCCAAAGCAUUCAGCAAAAUAGCAUCAACGAAAGGGACUACCACGAUGAACCUGGUAAAGCCCACAGUUUCGGAAACGGAUAUGUAUUCGAAUUUUCCGGAUAAACCUGGUGGAAAUGAGUGUUAGCUGUUUUCAAUUUUCGUUUUUCUUUGUUCCUUUUUUCCUCUUAAUCCUUCCGGUUUGAAUCACUUCUCUCAGUGAAGAAUUAGACUGAUUCAUGUAAGAGUGAUCCUUGAGAUCAAGUCUGUUGAAUAGAUUCGAAUCUCACAGAAAGAAGUUAUGUAUGAUAUUAAAUAUUGGUAAUUUAUGUUUUACCAAAUAUGUAAUAUUAUUUUUAACGAAGUGUCAUGUUUUCUUCUGCCAUCUUAGUCAAGCGAAGGAUGAUGUUGACUGUUCUGUUAAUCUUUUAUACUUUGUUAUUACUCUGUUCUCUCAAUAAAAAAGAUAUUU